AUGGACGAAGAGGGCCAAAAGCCCCGAGUUCGACCCUGGAUCGACAAAGGAGUUCUGGUUUCUUACACCUUCGAAAACGGCUCCUGCUGCAUGGGGCAAGGCAUUGUCAGCCGAGCAUACCACGUGCUCGAAGAGUACACCGUCCUGCUCCGGGAUGGCUCCAAAGAGGAGGUGAAGACAGAGCGGUGGAACCGUCGUAAGCCUGCGAAGAAGAAAGACGAAAACUCAGAGUACCACAACAUCGAGUUCCGGUAUUUCUCCCCAAGAGAGCUAACUGUGCUUUCGGGGCUGCGGCCUGGGGAUGUGGUAGAGGCACAUUUUGCAGUGAAAAAGAAAGGCGCUGCCGAGGACGAGUUGAUCAAGAGCCGGCGAACAGAGCUGGCUGUAGUUAUCAACACCACCGUGCCGGAAGCUGAGGUAUCAGGCGAAACAUUUCCGGUGGCCUCGGUUUUUAGGGAUUGGAUGAAGGGCUUCAGGGGCAGUUGUCUAGCGGCCGGAGUUUCCAUGCUCUUGGAAACAGGACGAAGAAAGCAUGGAGGAUCGCUUGUAUUGAGCUACACCGUGAACAACUUUCCUCGAUCUGGGAUCGUACAUCUUCCUUACCAUUAUUGUUUCUUGUACACAGUUUGCCAUGCUUGCUCUUGA